AUAGAAAGAACUAGCAAAGAGGCAAACCAAUGAAAGUCCGGUGAUCGUGAGAGGAAAGAGACUGCCGACCUGAUGUUCCAACGAGUGUGAGACAAAUAUCGGCAAGUGGGUUACAGAGAUAGACGUUAUCAAGGCCGUUUCUGGCAACUGUGGCCUGUUCUACUGCUGUUAUUUUGUUGCAAUAUUUCAGUGAUGCAAUCACAGGGCAGCACUUCCUCCCAGCCCUCUGUUGAUUCGCUGAGCUCCAGUGACAGCUACCUGUUCAACCACUCUGAGCAGGCGGAGGAUGACACUGACGUCUUCCUGUCUGAACGCUCCCCCGCCGUCAUCCUCGGCACUGGGGGCAUGGUCAGGGGCAACGGGAGUGCCGGGGCAGAGAGUCCCGAGUCCCAGUGGGCGUGUGACGGCUUCACUGACCGCGAGGAGGAGGAGUCACGGGGUUCAGAGGUUAAUGGAGGUCACCCCAGGGUCACAGCUGAGAGACAGAGAACAAGCGAGACAGAGAGAGAGAAGACAGAGGGAGAUCUGCUCUUUGCCCAGAAGUGUGCUGAGCUGCAGGGGUUUGUAAGGCCUCUACUGGAGCUGCUGAAUGGACUGAAGGGGGGACGAUUUGACCGUGGUCUGAGUAGUUUCCAGCAGAGUGCAGCCAUGGACCGCAUCCAGAGGAUCGUAGGGGUCUUACGGAGACCCAGCAUCGGGGAAAAGUAUAUGAACACUCUUCUCCAGGUGGAGACGAUGCUGAAGAUGUGGUUUCCACAGGUGUCCCCCUUGGCCCCACCUACUGCCCCUACCCUCUUCCCCCCUCACCUCUCCCCCCGGGACAGCCCCAGCAGCACCCCCCCACACAGGCACAGAGACCAGUCGCACAUCCCUGUGAAGAAGCGCAGACUGAGUUGGUCAGACACAGACUCUGACACCCCUCCUCCUGUACUCUUUAAGAGGCUCAACGCCAGUGGAGGAGAGGAGAGGGGGAAGGAGGUGGGAGACGUCCCCUCGGCAACUUCAGGGGUACCCCCACACCCCCAGGACCCCACCAGCAACCAAGAGAAUGAGAGAAAGGAAGAUGAGGACAGCAAAGAGGGAGAAUCAUCGACCAACAAAGCGGGGCUCUGUUCUGAGCCCGGUCCCACCUUGGUCCUUGUAGUGCCCAUCCUUUCUCCCUGGAAAGCAAUGGAGGGGAAACAGCUGCUGCCUGUCAUGCCACCUCCCACCACCAGGGGCAGUCCAGCCAUGCAGGACAGCGUAAUCUCUUCCACCACGCCCUUCAACAACCUCCAAAGCCAAUCGGGUGCCAAAGCCAGCCUGUUGCCGGGAAGACUGGGAAAAAGACCGUAAAGACCUGUCAGUGUCGGGUCCAGGCUCAUUCAAUCACGGCAAAGCCUUUGAAAAGGGUGGGGUGUAAGAAACAGGGUUAACCCCGCCCCUUUAUAGACCUGAUGCACUGAGCACACUCCGCCCAGCAGGCUAGUGUGACUACGUCAACAUGCUAAAGCUGCUGUGAUAGGGAGAGUGAGGGGUAGAAAUGGGCUGCAGUCCAAACACUUUAUGUUUAGCCCCUCAGCCCUUGCACUAGCCACUCUCCCUCGGAGGAAUCCACUUUGAAACCGGAUGCAGUUUGAUUGCCAUCUUAAGUGGAGGUCCAAUUCACUAACGUUGCCCCCUCGGCCCUCCAUUUAGCUCGAGGAAGCGAGUGAAGAACUUUGGUCACUUGUGGGGUUUAUAUAACCCACAAUUCAAUGCAAAUUGUAGUCAUGUAUCAUACUCUGGUGGCCGCGAAUGUCACGUCACUCACCACGGCUGCAUUUUCGGCCUGUCAGACAAAAUGAUAAUUCUGGGGCAAAAAAGUAUUUAUUCAGCCACCAAUUGUGCAAGUUCUCCCACUUAAAAAGAUGAG